CACACACACACACACAGCUCACUCCAUCAGUACACUUCAGGAAAGCCACCCACUCUGCACACCACUGCUGUCACCGAGGGAGAAUCCGGUGCUUGAUUAAUAAUUAAACAUCCGUGUAGAUUCGGUUAUGUAGCAGUGUGGACUGAGCCGAGUAGACACGCGUUUAUCGGUCCAUUCGACUGUAAAGUCUCUCGACGCACACCUGAAUUCAGAACAUGAUACUUUCUAGGAAUUUGUUAACUUUCAGAGUCGUCCUGCUGACAUGGUGGAUCCACCACUGUACCUGGCAAACGGGGGAAGCAAUCCAUCCAAUCUGCAAACUCGUGGUGCAGCAUAUGAAGGCUCAGGAGCAAUGCAGAUACGUAAGCCGGCAAGAGAACCGCAACCGCACUACAAUGACUGGCUGCCGAACAGAGUGGGAUGAGAUUCGUUGCUGGUACAGAGCUGAAGUUGGCCAAGUGGUUAAUGUCUCUUGCUCAGAAGUUUCCCAGCUCUUCGCCCAUAACAACGGUUACAUAUACAGGAACUGCACAAAGAGUGGGUGGAGCGACAUUUACCCAUCGUAUGAGAAUGCUUGUGUUUUCCCGACAGUGGAAGGACCUGAGACCUCAUAUUAUUAUACAUUCAAACAGGUGUACACUGUGGGCUAUGCCACCUCUCUCAUCUCCCUCAUAUCAGCCAUCUUCGUCUUUACAGCAUUCAGGAAGUUCCAUUGUACCAGGAACUACAUCCACAUCAACCUGUUUUCCUCCUUCAUCCUGAGAGCUAGCGCAGUCUUUAUUAAAGAUGGCGUCCUCUUUACCGAUGAAACCCAGGACCACUGUUUCAUGUCCACAGCAUCCUGUAAGGCAGCAGUGGCCUUUUUCCAAUUCAGCAUCCUGGCUAAUUACUUCUGGCUCUUGGUGGAGGGCAUGUACUUACAGACGCUGCUGGCUCUUACAUUUGUCUCCCAAAAGAAGUAUUUUUGGUGGUACAUCCUUAUUGGCUGGGGGCUCCCAACAACAGUCUUGAUUAUCUGGGUUCUGGCCAGAAAUUUCUAUGAUAACAAGGCGUGCUGGGAUGACACGGAUAUCGCCUUCAUUUGGUGGAUUAUAAAAGGACCGAUUACAGUCUCUCUUCUGGUGAACUUUAUCAUCUUCAUCAAUGUGAUCAGGAUACUUGUGGAGAAGCUGAAGUCUCCUGGAGUUGGAGGCAAUGACACCAGUCACUUCACGAGGCUGGCUAAGUCCACUCUGUUCCUGAUCCCACUAUUUGGCAUGCAUUACAUGGUGUUCGCCUUCCUGCCAGAGAACACAGGGGAGGACGCGCGUCUCUACAUAGAGCUUGGCCUGGGCUCAUUUCAGGGUUUUGUUGUGGCUCUCUUAUACUGUUUUCUCAAUGGAGAGGUUCAAGCGGAGCUGAAGAAGAGGCUGUGGAAAUGGCAGAUGCAGGGUUACAUGAGUUACAGUAAGAGGAGGCGAACACUGUUCACAGAAAGCAGCACCGUCACUCAGAUUUCUGUUCUAGAAAAAUCCAGCCCUAAGGAACAGCCUUCAGCCGAGCUCAAAAACAGCAUCUCACUGGUCUGAGGAGAAUCAGUGUCUCAUCCUGUUUCUUUUGCUCUAAUAGGAUCACUGUCUCUAUACUAGUUUAAUAAUUAUAUAUAACACAGUCAUAAAUACCAAGAAUGUGACUAUACAGUACAAGAGUACACAAAUCAUGUUUGGCGAUUGGAUUUAAUCAAUACCAUGGAUUCAUAUGGUGAUAUUUACACACAGUACAGGGUCAGAUAUUAGUCAGACAUUACUUCACAGCUCUGUUGAAAUCUCAGUGUCAGAUGGUGAAGGGUGAUUUUCAGUAGCUCAGCAGCUCUGACUGCGAGGCAAAUCAGAGGUUUGUAGUAAUUAAAAACGAAUGCCCUUAUUUUAGACAGGGAUUACACAUCAAACUACAGAGGGCUGUGUAUGGUGAAUAUUCCAUAGAAAUGAAUUCAAAAUCAUGUGUCAUUGACAUUAUUGGAAGGACUUGCUUGUGUCAGUUUUAUGUAAAAGUUAGUGAUGAAGUUUAAGUGCAAUGUGAGAGAAUCUUCAGGAUGGAUGAACGGCUUCACAGUAACGUGACAAAUGCAUUUUUCUGUCUAAUUCACAUCAAGUGAGAGAAAAAUAAUGGCUAAAGGGGCUAAAUAAUGAUUCAUUCUAUAUACAUUCUAUAUUCAUUCUUCAUCCACUUAAUAAAGCACUAACAAGCUAUUAAUGUUGACAAAUAACUACAGUAUUUAGGUCUCCUAUUACUAUACAAAUAUAUUACAUAUAUAUAAAACAGUGAUAUACAUUAAGAUAUAGUAUACCUAUUAACUACAAAGUACUACUUUCAAAUUCUUCACUGAACUGAAAGCAGAAUUAAAGCAUAACCUUGUAUAAGUAAAAGUCUAAGUCACAUCACACACAGAAUUUAGAUACUGCCAUAAAAUUUAAACCAAAGAACGUAUGAAAACACUUAACUAUUCCUUCAAAUGUCCCUUAAAUGUUAGCUAGCGUGAUAAUAACUGACAAAUGCUAAUAGCUAGGUGUGAUGCUAACAGUUUUGAGAAACAAAUAUAUUCAAUGUGUGUGUAAUGGAUGAAUUAGUCAGGAAUGUGAAUACUGAGACAUGUAGUAACGCUAAAAAAUGUAGUGAGUGGAAAGUAGCGUGGGAGGUCGAGAUUUCUUUGGAAAUGUAAAAAAGGAAAGGUGAAAGAAAAACCGCAAAUACUUCAAACUAAAGUACUUUUCAAGUUCUGCUAAUAUGUGGCCCUCUAUACUGAAGUGUUACAAGUCAUUUACAUCUACAGAUCUAACAGUAUUGUUUGUUUGUUUUUUGCCUUGCGCAAAAGAAAACUUGCUCCAGUGCCGUACUUAGGUACAUCGACUAUAUGCCAAAUACUGUUUCCAAAAUAUUUCAGACAUCUUCGGUUUCUGAAUCUCAAGGCCUUUCCAUGUUUGUCCAUCUAUCCAUUUCGUUAUUUUUGUGUAACGAAUCACCUUUAAAGCUCUAUUUCCUUCCAUCGCUAAUAAUUAGUGCGCUAGUUCCAGAGGCAUGUUUUAAAUGAUGUUCAUCAUGUGUGCACUUUCAUUCCUCAUCAGAUAAAAUAGUAGAUCUUUGCUUUAGAAGUGUGGUAUUCUAAAAUUUUCAAGCAUGUAGUUGACGCAUACAUACAGUAUGAGCCGUUUGCGCUUUUUUUCUGACUUCGUCUGGUCUAAUUCAACUAAAAUAUUUAUUUAAUUGUAUGUAACUGUGUUGUUUUAUUUAUUAGGCGUAAGCACAAUGUGUAUUCAUAGUUACGAGUCUCUAGCUUCCACAGUUUUCACAGUUAAGACAUAGCUUCUUUAGACACAUCCUAAAUGCUGUUUAUGCUCUGAUUCACUCCGAGUUGUGUUAUUUAUCUAAAAUCUACCCUGAACAAGUGCCAUUAUUCUUCAGUUACGCCGUGUGUGUGCAAAUGUGCAAAUAACUGCCAGCAAUACAGUAAAAUUAGUCUUAUUUUUAUUUAAGAAUAUUAAUUUACAUUGAAACUUCUUUGCCAUGACAUGUUUGUUGCUUGCUUUGCAUUUACAGAUUAUUAUUAUUGUGUGUGUGUGUGCGCGCAUUGUGUUUUCUAGUAUAUUAAAAGUAUCAAAGACCUAAAUCACUGUAAAUACCAUCGUUGUUUAUCUUUGUUUUAGUAUAAUUAACUAAUUAUAACUAUACAGCGAACCUCUUAAGACAUUUGUAAAUAAAUAUCGCAUAGUCUCGCAUAGCUCUCUUCUUAGGCAAUGGUAUUGUUAAUGAGCUUUCUUCAUAUGUAAUAAAAUACCAAGUGAUUUGUUUAAUUUCUAUUUCGUAAAUCUUAAUGUCGUUUAUUUGAUGAAUUAUAUUGUUGUUAUCAUUUUUAUACAUAUUUCAUUCGGUUAAAAUUUGAGAUUAAACACAUUUUUCUUUUGAUCAACUUAAAUAACACAGUGUUAAAUUUCACAAUGUGGAGCACUAAACUGUAAAAGUCGUUGUUUAAUCUGGAGUUCAAAUAGUGGUGAAUGUGUCUGUAAAUAAGAUCAUCACAUGGUGUAAAUAUGUACGUUAAUAUUCCCGACAUCGUCGAAUUUCUAUUAUUUUCAUAAUAUAUUUGAACUAUAUAUAUGUUACAUUGUGAUGUACAGAAUUUCUUUUAGAGUUAAUGUUUGUAUGUGUGAUUAAUCUGUAUAUUACUGUGUGUUGUUUCUUAAUAUUAUUUCACUAUUAUUUUAGAUAUUUAUAGCUAUAAUAGAGCUUAUAAUGGCUUAGUGGUUAGCUUGUUUGCCUCACCUCUCCAGGGAUAUGAUUCCUGCCUCCAACCUGUGUGUGUGUAUGUGUGUGUUUGUGUGUGUGUGUGUGUGUGUGUGUCUGUGUGUUUGCAUGUUAUGCCCUGGGUAUUCCUUUGGGUACUCCAGUUUCCUCCACAAGUCCAGAGAGAUGUAUAGUAGGCUCUGUAGUGUGUAAAUAUGCUCAGCAAUGGGUUGGCACCCUGUCCAGGUUGUCCCCCACCUAGUGCCCAGGGAUAGGCUCCAGGCUCCCUGUGACGCUGUAUAGUGUAAGCAUUUUAAAAUAAAAUCAAUAAAUGGAUGGAUGUUAAUAAUAAAAUUUAGACCAUCUUCAGUGGAAGCAAAAGAUAUUUGGACACAUAAGUCUCACUGACACAUAAGUCUUCACUUCAUUAGAAAAAAAUGUGUCAAACCAAUUGGUAUUUAAUUAAAAGUAGAAGUUACACUCUCAGAAAGAAAGGUACAAAACUGUACCUUUUAAGGUACCAGUGGCCGUCGUCAGGGUGGUAGCCUGAAGAGUACCUCUAGUCAUACCUUUACAACUCAUUUUGGGAACAUAAUUGUACCCUAAGGACCUGUUGUGUAUCUAUAAAGGUACCAUUAUAUUUUUGGUUCUCCUAGGAACGAAACUGUACUGCCUCGGUACCCUUUCUUCUGACAGUGGUUCAGUGUUUAGCUUGCCAUUCUUUGUUUCAAAAUUCUGGACAUGAAAUCAACUACUUUCUUCAAUCUAGUUCAUUAUUUGCGUGAAAAGUUUGCUUCUGAUAUUCUGUAUUUAAAAUUAAAGCUAUUUGGUUUGAUGUUGAUUAAUAAUGCAGUAAAAUAUUCAUACAAUUUUAAGUGUGGCUUAAGUAUCCCAAUGCUUGUUGUGGCCACUAUAUAGAUAUAAAUGUUUUGACUUUUGCUUAUUAAGGAAGUGCCAAAAAUAUCAGACAAAGCUGAAAAUUAGAUUCUUCACAGAUACUGUCUUAAUGAAAUUUGUUAUUUCUUUGUUUUGGUCAUGUAUAAUGAAUAUACUAAUUCUAUCAGAGUGUGUAUGUUUUUAAUUGAGGUGUCGGAUUUUCACAGCUUUAGUCCCAGUGGUGUAAAUUAGAUGAGAGCUGAUUAACCUCGAUGUGAAUUUUCAUUCUCGAAAAGCUGAGAUUAUUUGUUAUACCCGGAGGUGAUUGUUUUCAUCUUUUCUGUCCAGUAACUUUAGCUUUUUGUAUCUAAAUGCUGAGAUGAAGUCUCUUUGCUACUUUCACCGACUUGCCUUAAUGUAAUUCAUUAUCGAUUGCUUGUUUUCUUUAACUUUGCAAACUAUACAGCAGUGUAUUUACCUCAGAGCAUUGAUCACUACAUAUGUGAAAUAUUCAAAAGACGAAAAGGUAACGAAUGUAAUUCUGCUCUAAUGUCACUUGCUGGAGUUUAUAGACAUGCUUUUGCUGUUUGUGUCUAAACAAGUUGUUUCCUUUGUUCAUGUACAGGGUGUUUAAAAAUGAUCGACACAACUUUUGAUGCAAAAUGGAAAAAUUUACGAACACAAAAAUUACUUAUUGAGACGUUAUAUAAGGUUUUGAUCUGUCUCCUUUAGCUGGCUUUAUCAGUUUUAAAUCUAGUACAAAUAGAGCUACUAGAAGUGAUACAAGAGGAAAGAAAUCCCUUGAAAGAAAUCAUCAUUUACUCAAGCCGUUUUCUCCUUCAAGGCUUCACAUCAGUAUAAAAUUUAUGCCAGCAUUCAACCAAGUUAUACAAUAUACUUUAUUUUAACUGAACUCCAGAUAUUCCUAAAUUUGUCAAGCACAUAUUCUCAUUUCAACAGUGAUCAUUCUGCACUUUUAUUCGUCAAUUUGUUCUUUUUUCUUUUACUUUUUGUGAUUGUACUUCUUUGUACUUCAUAUUUGUAAGUUUAUUUUAACUUAAUCUUAAUUUAAUUUUAACCCCAAGUUGCCACUUAAAUAGGUCCAUCCAGGAAUGCAUGAAAUUUCUGGCUGUUUGUUUAUUAAUGAGCGUUGUCUCUAUCAGAUAAAUGAAUAAAACUUAAACGCAAGGUUUUUAUUUUUUGAUGAAUCUCCAAAAAAAGAAAA